AAUGCGGAUCAGAUACUCCUGAUACACACGCGUUCCUCCCCGAUUACAAAGACUAACCGCUGUCUGGACCGGUCCAUAUUUUGAGAACAGUCAUUGGGUUCAGUGCCCAAUUUGUGUUCGGGGAAAAUGUCGAUCUGUUGGUCGUUAACGCUACUGUACACCCUGGCUGGAGAAGUUUGGGCCCAGACUCUAACCAACCAAAGCUCAGAGCGGGCUCUCUCUACCCACCGCUACCACCAUAUUGAUCCAGCCAUGGGGGCUCAGAUUACAUGUGAAAAGUGCCCGGCGGGCACCUACGUAUCUUCCCACUGCACUGAGACCAGCAUGCGCGAGUGUAGUCGCUGCCCAGCGGAAACUUUUACACGGGGUGAGAACGGCGUGCAGCAGUGCCAUCUCUGCCAGAGACGCUGCCAGGAACCAUUUAUUGAAAAAUCCCCUUGCACAGCUACUUCAGAUCGUUUAUGUGCAUGCCCAGCUGGCACGUAUGCCCUGGCUGGUGAGUGCCGCCGACACUCACUGUGCAUGCCUGGCUGGGGUCUGCGAAAGCGGGGAAGUGAGACAGAGGAUGUGCGCUGUCGCAGGUGUAUACGUGGCACCUUCUCGGAUGUGGCCUCUGCUGUGCUGAGAUGUCGGACACACACAAACUGCCAGGCACUAGGGCUCGUGCUGCUGCUUGAGGGCACUGAGGAGAGGGACAAUGUGUGUGGACCAGAAGCAACAAACCUGGUUGAAUCAUCAACGUACAGCAGUGACUCAGCACAAAGAGCCUGGUCAUCAGCAUCCCUCAUGAAUUCAGCAAGUUCUAAAACGGCCCUCAGCAUCAAAAACACUCUGACCUCCACAAGCAUCUUCGAGGAUGCAGGGAUCCUAAAUUCACCAACAUCAGAUUCUUUACGACCGUCGAACCUCCAGCCCUCUACUGAGCAAGACAAAUCCAUAUCGGACAAAAAGAUACGUGGUUUGGCCUACAGACCUAUCAGAAGAGGUUCUCCUCGACCCAGCAUGCACAAGCACUUUGAUAUCAACGAGCACCUGCCGUGGAUGAUCGUGCUGCUGCUGCUUCUGGUGCUUGUGGUGAUUGUGGUGUGCAGUAUCAAGCGCAGCUCACGGGUGCUGAAGAAAGGGCCCAGACAGGACCCCAGCAGUAUUAUAGAAAAAGCCAUUCACAACAAGCCCAGCUCCCCUGCUGGGCACAUCAAGGAGAAAUGGAUCUACUACUCCAAUGGCCAGGGUAUUGAUAUUCUAAAGGUGGUGGCAGCCCAGAUUGGCAGCCAGUGGAUUGACAUCUACCAGUCUCUGGCUAAUGCCAAUGAGCGAGAGGUUUCAGCCUUCACCAAAGGCUACUCUGCUGACCAUCAACGGGCGUAUGCCGCCUUGCAGCGCUGGACUAUCUGUGAUGCCGAUGCCAACCUGGCCAAAUUAAUCAAUGCCCUUCACCAUCACCGGCGCAUCGAUGUGGUCGAGAAGAUUCGAAAUAUCAUGGAAGACAGUCCUCAGUUUGACCUGACCCAGUUGAUAACCUCUACAAUUACAAGCCAAGCCACCAGCCCCAAGCCUGUGGAGGCUCAAGGAUCAGUAGUGGAACACUCCCCAAUGGACCGCACCAAAAGCUUCUUCACUGAUGAGUCUGAGCCACUGCUGCGCUGUGACUCCACCUCCAGCAAGGACUCGGCCCUUAGUCGCACAGGAUCUUUUAUAACCAAAGAAAAGAAGGACACUGUAUUGCGGCAGGUGCGCUUGGACCCAUGUGACCUACAGCCCAUCUUUGAUGACAUGCUGCACAUCCUGAACCCAGAGGAGCUGCUUGUGAUCGAGGAGAUCCCCAUGGCUGAGGAUAAACUCGAUCGUCUGUUUGAGAUUGCUGGGGUCAAGAGCCAAGAGGCCAGCCAGACCCUACUCGACUCUGUCUACAGUCACCUGCCUGACCUCCUGUAGACCUGUUUCACUGCUGCUAGUUGAAAACCCUGCUCAUAAUGGACAGCACACAGUAAGGACUGGCCCUAAAAACUGUCAUACCCUGGAAUGUUUCGAGCAGCUGUGCUGAAACGGGUAUCAAGCAAGUAUAUUCAAAGCCACCGCUCACCAAGUGUAGCAUUUACAGACUUUGCACUGUGGAGCUUAUAAGUGUUCAAAACCUGGUUCAGUUCAGUCUGAUUUCUUAUCACUGUGUAUAAGACUAAUGACAUUUAAUGUUUUUGGUUACUUGCAGACCUGGGGUGUGUUUCCUGAUAAUGAUUAAUCUUAGCAAUUUAUAUACAAGAAUGAUGUAACUUUAAGGAUGCCAGUUUUGUGAGUGUUUCCCCCAAAAAAUUCAAUGUGUACUUCAAUGAUUUAU